GUGCUCACUUGUGCAAACAUCGGUUGCAGUACUUGGCACGGUGAAAUGAUAGCAGCAUCUUGAAAAAAAAAGAAGACGUACAAUUUCACCGCUUCUCCACUAGCACUCGAAACAGGCACCGCCAACGGCUUCUACGAUGGCUUCUGCCCAUAAAGUGUAAUUAGUGGUCAGACUGCGAAAUGCCACAACUACCACAAUCCCCACACCACCGCACACAACACCAGCAACAACAGCGAUAUCAAGCUAAAUGGCUAAUGGCGAUGGUGAGAAAGUUGCGACAGAGAAAAGGGUGUCUUACCAAGAAGGAACAAACGGGUGGGGCGAAAAAUCUUCUAAAAGCAAGCAUACCCACGCGCUGCGAAACUGGGACGGCUCUAAUGCUCAGAUGCCACCGCCGAACGAAUGGUGUAAUAUCGUUUUGUUUUUUCGAUUACAGCUUCAAUUUGCACAGAACAUUGUGUGGCUCCGGUAUAAGAGAAGUGGCGUGUUUUCCGUAGUAACUUCUUGGUGGCAGAAACGCACCAGUGGCCUACUAUGUGGUGCGAAAAGAGUUGAGGGAUAUAAUAAAUCAAAUUACCGGCGUAGAUUGAAGUGAAAACAACGCAAAAACCGUUGCACGCUAGUAUUCGGUCGCGUGUGUAAGAAUGUUCCUGUGAAAUUCUGCCGGAAACUGUGUUUCAGUGUCUCGUUUUAGGUUUCGGCCCCGAAAACAAGGUUAGUGAAGCGCAAGUGCGAUGAAGUGAUUUUACAGUAUUUAAAAGGUUUCUUUUUAUGAUUCAAAGUUAAAAGUUACGAUCAGAAGAGCUUAAGUUAACAGUGAUCUUGAUAAAGUGUGGGCUGUCCUUGUGUCCAAGAGUGCAUUAGAUUGUGUGUGUGUGUGUGUGUGUUUGACAAGAAAACAACACCCUUGCCCUUUGCCAGUAACAAAGCAACCGGCAGCAUCCCAGCAAAGCUCCGAAACAAAGCGAUGGGCUGCACGUCAUCGGCAGAGGAACGGGCGGCCGUCGCCCGGUCGAAGCAGAUCGAACGCAACCUCAAGGAGGAUGGCAUCCAGGCGGCCAAGGACAUUAAGCUGCUGCUGCUCGGCGCUGGCGAAUCGGGAAAAAGUACAAUCGUUAAACAGAUGAAAAUUAUUCACGAAAGUGGCUUUACGUCAGAGGAUUUCAAACAGUAUCGACCAGUAGUGUACAGCAACACGAUACAAUCACUAGUUGCGAUACUGCGAGCGAUGCCAAACCUUAGCAUUGCGUUCGGCAAUAACGAACGAGAGUGUGACGCAAAGAUGGUGUUCGACGUAGUACAGCGGAUGCACGACACAGAACCGUUCUCGGAGGAUCUGCUAUUAGCGAUGAAAAGACUGUGGUCGGACUCUGGCGUGCAAGAGUGCUUCUGCCGCAGCAACGAGUAUCAGCUGAACGAUUCCGCAAAAUAUUUCCUGGACGACCUUGACCGAUUGGGUGCCAAGGACUAUCAGCCGACGGAGCAGGACAUCCUACGGACGCGUGUCAAAACUACCGGCAUCGUGGAGGUGCACUUCUCCUUCAAGAACUUAAACUUCAAGCUCUUCGAUGUCGGUGGCCAGCGGUCGGAGCGAAAGAAGUGGAUCCACUGCUUCGAGGACGUCACUGCUAUCAUCUUUUGCGUGGCCAUGUCGGAGUACGACCAGGUGUUACACGAAGAUGAAACCACGAACCGCAUGCAAGAGUCGCUGAAGCUGUUCGACUCGAUCUGCAACAACAAAUGGUUCACCGAUACCUCAAUCAUUCUAUUUCUGAACAAGAAGGAUCUGUUCGAGGAGAAAAUCCGGAAAAGUCCGCUGACAAUCUGCUUCCCGGAGUAUACGGGUGGACAGGAGUACGGUGAGGCGGCAGCCUACAUUCAGGCGCAGUUCGAGGCUAAAAAUAAGUCCACAUCAAAGGAAAUCUAUUGCCACAUGACAUGUGCAACGGACACCAACAACAUCCAGUUCGUGUUCGACGCCGUCACCGACGUUAUCAUAGCGAACAACCUGCGCGGCUGCGGUCUGUACUAAAUGCGGAGCUUUGUGCGCGCCCGUCUCGUGGUCGCCGUGUGCGCGGCCCGCGUUCCUCUCCCGCAAUGUAACAAGAACAACGGCAGCAGAAGAAGAACAACGUUUCCUCUGGGUGAGGAUGGCUGCUCUGUUUUCGUGUGUCGCAGCCCUACGGCCCAACCUUCUGCCCCCCCCCCCCCCCCCCUAGCGCGUCAUACACACGCAAACACACAAAGCUCGCUUAUAAUAAUGGAUUGAGAAAAGAUGUACAUCGAAACGGUCGGUGGAAGCGAUAUAGGGGCAUGAUUGUAUGUUUUUUUUAUUGUUGCUGUUUUGUUUUUGGGUGUAUGUGAGAUACAUACCGGUGGGGGGUCACUUGUUCCCCAAUCCCCCCCCUGAGAAUCGGGAGUUCUGGGUCGCAAGGGAUGAAAGGCCACAUGUUGUUGUAGCGCAAAGAUUUUGCAGGUUUAUUUUAUGAGUUGUUGUUUUUUUACGACGAAGGAUUAAACAAGUCCACUGGGAUGGAUUGUCGGCCCUUACACUAUAUCGUGAACUACACGAGAAGCUCUUGCUAUCCUCCCUCGCCGCUGCUACAUUUGAGAAUCAUUCGGUGUCAUAUCGAGAGUCGGGAGAGAGAGACAGUCGAAAGAAAAAGCUUCCUCGACAGGGGGCGAAAGACGGUGACGAAACCAAACAGAAAAGGAUAAAAGCAGUAACAGAAGAGGGGAUAUGCUUAGCCACUAAUUUGACGUAACGGCGAUGGUUUAAUUGCGUUUCACUCUGAGCUGAGACAGAUCGGAUCGGACACUAUGACAUUACAAUAGCACUUCGCCGAAGGAUACAAAAAAGCAAACAAAAAAUAAUAUAAUUAUUAACAAAACCAGUAGGGACAGUGGCAAUAGGCGGAAGGGUAGGGCGGGGCAUUUGGGCGAGGGAGGGAGGUUUACAAUGUGUUCAAAACUGCGGUGUGUAGUAGCGUACUUUUGGCCGUGGCAGGGAGCGGCAAGUACAAGCCAGAAGCAGCAGCCAACACUCUGAUCCGUGGGCUAGGAUCAGGACAGGAACGGGAGUGAACGUUGGGAGUGUUAGCAGCAGAAGCAGUAGUAUUAGUAGCAUACUCUACCUAAAUCGCAACAAACAAACAAACAAAAAAACAAAAAACGGAUGAUACACAGAACGCACAAGGAAAGCACUAUGCGCAAACUCUACUAGUGUGUAAUCUUACCCUAUACCAUUUUCCCCCUUCUGAACGCAUACGAUCGGCAGAUAGCCGACAUGGGCCCGUGAGCCAGUGUGUGUGUUUUGGUUACAGUGUUUUUUUGGUAGCUCAAAAUGCUCUCACGCCCCAAGUCCCUCGUACGAUUAGUGUAACAAAAUGUGUGGCAUGACAUGUUUUAUUCGAGUUUUCGAAUUCGAAUCACAUCGCAAAAAUGUAACCUAUGUAUCGGGAUACUACCCACAAGUCUUACAUUCAAUGUUGAAAUAGAACCGGCACGUGGCAUAUUCGCGCUUCGUGUUUUUCAUAACUUUUCGUGCAAAAACCCAAAAAAAUGGGGAAAACACAAGAUGCACUUGUUUUGGGGGAAACUGCUUGCCACGCCCCAACGGCUUUACGACCUGGGCAGGAGACAUUUUGGUUGGCUUUGUUCGGUGGUGGGAUCUAGCUAAAAGGAAAAAUUCUUCUCCAUUUUGAACUAGAGGAAGAAAAGUCACUGGGCGCACACACACACAUAUUUCCCAAUUUAUUGUAUGUAAUGUUUUAUGUUGUUACGUUUUGUUUUGUUUUUUUUUAUUAUUAUUAUUUCGGCUGUUAAGGAGUAACACGUACACGUAAAGAAGAAGCAAGGAGAAAGGAUACAGAGAAACCUAUUUAUUAUUAUUGCUAUUUGUAUUAAUACUACUGUAAUUAUUCUUAUUGCGUACAUUUAGAGAGAAAGAGAGAAAGGGGGUGGGCUUGUCGCCACCCACUGCUCGUGUGCGCGUGAGUGUGUAUGUGUGUUUUGCCAGCCCCAUUUAAAAAAAAAACGGGAAAGUGUUUGGCAAAACUGAAACUAAACAUGUAAGGCAACCAGCGUACAUCUGUUCGGGAUAGGUAACAGCCACAAACAAAUGCAAAACUUGGUCCUAAAGUUUCGAUGGAACGAUACGCACACAAAAAAAAAAAACGCAAAAUGAUAUCCAAUCUCGCGAUUUAGCCCAGUUGGUGGUUGUUUGAAGCAUCGGGUGUAUUUGUUAAGAGUGUCCCAAAACACAAGCAAAAAACGGCACGGACAAAUGGAUGUGAUUGUCCGUUACGAGAUGAGGCGCACAACGUUACAUGCGGGUUAGAAACGCUAUUCAGUUGCAUCUACAUUCCUUAACGAGGGUAUUUCUUAAUGGUUAUUUGCUACAACAAGCGCACAUAAACACACAGCACCAUUCUCCCUGUUCCCUCCUUAUUGAUCCUAUAAAUACCAACCAACCCCGUAAAGUUUCAUCCAGUAUUUUUCAUAAACGAAUCGCGCCACCAUUUAAAGCCUAUCAGUCAGUCACACACACACACACACACGCACAUGCAAAUCAGAAAACAAUGCACAAUAUUUAAGAGAGAUUCUAUUAAUUAGUACUUUAGCACCAAAGCAGAAGCAAAUGAAAUCAAAGAUUGUUGAAAGAUCGGCUCGUGUGUGUGCGUCAGCACAAGAUCACCCUCUAGUCUACCCCCUCUAGUGGGGUGGACAGGAGGGUGGGUGGUGAAGAGGGUCUAUUUUCUAUCGUUAAGCUCUGCCGCAUAACACGUGUCGCGCUCACGUCUUCUGCCUUUUCCGCAGCUUUGUGCCAACGAAACGAAGAUCGAUGUUUGUUCUCUAUCUUUGCUACAGUUAAGGGAUGUUGUCCGCGUUGUUUUGUUUCACCCCCUCCCUUCCCUCCCCUUUUCUCUCUGUGGUUGUGAAGAAUGGUGAAGGAUGAUGUAGAUGAAAAGGCUACUAAUGCCAGGAACAGGUGUGUACCCAUACAAACAUGCGUUUCUUUGCAGUUAGUUUGCCCUUCGUUCACCACCUUUCCUUGCACUGCCCUGGGUGUGUGUGUGUGUGCCAUACCCGGCAUACCGGCUCGUCCGUACGGCUCGGCACGGCUGGUUACACCCCGAGGGCUUCGACAAUCCGACGGUAACAGAUUUAUGUAUUUUUCGUCAAUCGAUACGUUUUACGCGUAGUAGUACACAACAGUCCGUUUAAACAAUCCUUUAGUAACAGUACAAAGCUAUCUCUCUAGCCUCUCGUUCUUUAGCAGCGCUUUGCGUAUUUAUAUUCCGUUUAGGAUAGUUCGAAACGCUACACAACCACACCAGGCCCUGUUGUACACGCUCGAUAGUAACGGCCGAAAGUAGAGCAAAAAAGGGUUGGCAGAAAAUCAGAAAAUCAAAACUAUUGGCAAAUUGGCUUUACCAGCAACACUCGCCUUGUGUGUGUGUGUGUGCGCUCACAAACGACCAAAUAAUGAGAAUUCAGAACAUAAUCUGCACACCAAGCGGCGAAAGAAGGAUCCUGGCUAAACGAUACAAAAAAAAAAAAACAAAACUAACCACAAACGUAACGCGCGUAACGGUGUGACCGGUGGCAGGUAGCGCAGAGAAGAAGUAGAACGUGCGGCACCGUGAGCACCGUGAAGGAAUGAUUCUACUUCUAUUUUUGAUAAAAAAAAAACAAGAAAACAUAAUUUUUAAUAUUUUUUCUACAAAUCCUAUAAACCAGACGAACACGAAGACGCCGGAUUGCGCAGAGCGGGAAGUAAUGCGCAAAGCACAGUUUGCUGCAAGCGCCACAUCAUACGAGGCACACCGUGUCUAGGUGCGCGCCAUGUCGCUUAAGAGAGAAUCACACAUCAUACACGCAUUAAAAACACAUAAAGAACAAUAGCGUAAACUAUAUAGUAUUAUGUAUUAAGAAAUAUCUCAAUGAAAGUACGGGCGAAAAAUGAAAUCAUUUCUAUUGCUAUUUUCUCACCGGCAGAUUGUAUCGUGUUUUUUUUUUGUGUAUCUUUUUCAACCAUUGUUACGCACGGUUCCUUGCUCAGCAGAGGGAGGAGUGUAUUGUGUAUUGCCGAUAAUGGCUGACUAUUUGCCAUUUUUUUCGAAAGCAAGACACACCUAUCUGCCUGUGCUACAUACAAGCACUGUCGAAGCAAAAAGCGCUUUCUAAACGUAUCCCACUUUUCAUCCUUCCGGGGUUUUCGGUUCCAUUUCAAAAAGGGUUUUCUGAACUCUAACGGUAAAUAAAUCAUCUCCACGUGCUUAUCAAUCAAAUACGGAAACGGAAUGGCCGCGCAGUCUCGCUCCCUAGGAGCAAAACAUAGCACAAACAUAGAACUAAUACAACAAGCAUAAUUGUAAAACGCGAACCUUGCGGCUAUGUAAGUACCGCGAAGGAAGGAGCAAAAUCCGCACGCAAAAGGUGUAUCAGAACGAAAAAAAAGAGAAAUAGAAAAUCCAAACACGCCAAUACGAGCAGAAGAUACACUUGGAAACUGGAUGAAUGAAAUUGUACCGCACAAGUGAGGCAAACCUAUAUCCGCUUUUGACUACCCAAAAUAAGUAUCUUUUUUGAGUAAAGAAAAGAAGCAGAAGUAAAACCAAUGAGUAAAGAAAUGAGUAGUAAGCGCAAAACACACACAUACAAAAACAAACCAAACAAACAAACACAAAUAAUCUAAACAAAUACUAUAAUAUUUGACGAUAAAAAGAAUGAAACAUUUAGAAUGAGAAAACCAAUGUGACAUAAAACAAGUGUGGCAGUGAACAGCAGACGGCUAGAAAGGAAACUAUCUUAGGAACAGAAUGAAAUGGUUAAUAAUAAAAAAAAGGGUAGAAAAAAUCUACAACAAGGAAGAAAAAAGAAACUAGAGAAGAACAAAAAACAACCAUACAAACAUACGAAAAGAGAUAAAACUAAAACAAACCCUAGAUUAGAACGCGUUACGUGAGAAAAGUGAACAAACAAACUGAAGCAGAUUGGUUUAAGGCAACGGAAGAAAAGUGAUGCUGCAGCUAGUAUCAAUAAUAGUGGCAUCAACACGCAAGAAUCUUUUUCUCUCACAAGAGAAAACACAUCAAUAAGUCAAACUCUGCAGUAUAAAUCAACCACAUCAAAACAAUCCCCUUGGGGCGUCGUCCGCUCUUAGUUAUUACGCAUUUACUACGCAUCACACAUAAAUCGAAGCUAAUUGGAUAAGGAAGACAUUGACCAUAGGGCAGCUGAAGAAAUAGAGGGGUAGCAUCCCGCGCCAUCCCCGAGCUCUGGAGUGCGGGGGGCACAGGUUUUGUUAGAUUUUGAAAGAUUCGUUUUUUCUCGCUCCUAACGCCAACAAGCAGGGCAGGAUAAGUGGCAGGAUGUCUAGGUAUAAACCCUCCCCUCGGCUGAUAUAUCGUUCCGAAUUUAUUGCUAAAACCAUAGCCAAUAGUCUUACGGCGAUAUUAGAUCAUUCAUCCCGAAUAGAUCCAUCAUUGCCCUUCCCAAAAUACACACACACACACACGAUUUCCGUGCAUUAAAUGCGUUGUGUGGGGCUGCAAAACGACGGACGCAGGUCCUUGCUUCUUGCGCAUUACGCUUCAAAUCGUGUGGCAUGUGGCUUUUUCUACACACAACAACUACAACAACACCCGCUACCAAUCUCUCUCACCAUUCUGGUUUUCUUCUUCACUUUCAACAACAACAACACACGUUCGCACAACGCGGACAAAGGUGGUGGUGGUGAAUCCUUUGAGUAAGUAAGAAUUUAAAGCGACAAAAACCAAACUAAAAAACGCAUUCAUACAGAGAUACAGACAUUUAUUCUUAUUACCACCUCGAAAAGUUCGCUGUUUGGGGGAUGGUUUGUGGAAGUAGUUUGUGGAAACGCUGUGUGCUGUGGCUGGAGGAAUGAGAUAUGUUCGAGAAACUAGAAGCAAGCGAGGAAGAGGAAGAAGUAAAACAAAAACGUCUCAAAUUUAUUACAAAACUUGAUGAAAGGUAGCAAAAAAAAUCUGGUAAUAAGAAACAUUGCGAAUGUAGCUAUAUAUAGCAGAGCAGUAAGAGGGGGGAGGAAUAUGAAAGAAGGUAUGCAACAUUCAAAAGAAGUAUAUAUAAAAUAACAAAACAAACAAAACUAUUAGAAACUGUAAAAUGGAACAAAGAAGAGAGAAAGAGAGCAAGGAAACAAGAAGUUAAAACAAAAAACAUACAAAAAAGGUAACGUGCAAAAGAUGAAUAACAGUCGUAAACAAACAAACAAAACAAAAGAGGGGGAAAAGCAAAACAAAAAGUGAACUCUGGAGAUAGCAAGCAAAACGAAGAAAUGUACACUUAUAAAAUGGGUACCUUCGGGCACAAAAGCUAAUUCCAACGCAAACGGAAGUGGUGCGUUUUUGCUUUAUCAUCAUCUCUCCCUGCUCUCCCCCAACAAAAGGAGUGUUUAUGAAGCGCUAACAUAUGGGCGUAUAAUGUGUAAAGGGUUGGAACAUUUGGAGAACAAACCAAAGGAAAUGGAAAGUGAAAACACAAAAAAGAUAAAACUACUUUGUGCGGCACAUACAAAACAAAAAAGACCCCAACAACAUCGCAAACUCUUUCUCUGGUGGCAUUAAACAGAACAAAAAGAAUAAAAAAACGUCGUAGAUACAUCACAUUAUAAAG